AUGGCUAUUUCUCUUCAAGGUAGACUGCAAGGGGGAUUGCCCUCUACUACGGAGAACAGCCCAAGGGAGCACCUUAAAGCGGUAGAGCUUCGAAGUGGGAGAAACUUAGAAAAAGCCAAUGGUAAGAAACACGUUGUGGAGGAGGAUGAGCCUCAAGCGGUUGUUGACAUAGCAAGCUCAAGUCAAGAGCUACUAAAGGAAUGUGAGGAAGUGGCUAUCAAUGUUGAAGAGCCUUAUGUGAGGCCACCACCACCGCCACCUUUGGCGAAUGCACUACGAGAGAUGCCGCAAUAUGCCAAGUUCUUGAAGGACAUCAUUACCAACAAACGGAGUUGGGAUAGUGGCGCAACGGUUCCAAUUCCGGAAGUGUGUAGCUCAAUUAUUUUGAAUGAUCUACCGGCCAAGUUGAAGGACCCAGGGAGUUUUUCUAUACCUUGCACUAUAGGCACUAUGAGUUCAAUAAAUUGCUUAUGUGAUAUUGGUUCUAGUAUUAAUCUCAUGCCUCUAACUCUUUUCAGGGCACUAUGUGGAGAUAAAACUGUGAAGAACACCUCGAUGGUACUCCAACUAGCAGAUCAUUCAUUGAAGAGGCCGUAUGGGAUUGUUGAGGAUGUUCUUGUGAAGGUUGAUAAGUUCAUAUUCCCGGUUGACUUUGUUAUUUUGGAUUAUGCAGUGGAUAAGGAAUGCCCAAUUAUCUUAGGGCGGACCUUUAUGAACACCGGGAGAGCCUUGAUUGAUGUCCAUGGUGGGAAAUUGUCUUUGAGAAUUGAUGAAGAAACGAUUGAGUUUUUUAUGAAGAAAGUCAUGAGGAGUACCAUCGAGGAGGAAGAAUGUAUGCGGAUGGACUUGGUUGAUGAAGUGGUUGAGGAGCAACUAAGAUUGAACUUUGAGAGGCUUAAUGAUGGCUUGGACGGGAAUUUAGGACAGAAAAAAUGUUCAGAAGCUUGUUUCUCACGAAAUCAUGCUUUUUCUUCCGAAACAGAAUUCCAUAAAAGAAGCAGUGAGAAGGGAGAAACACCAUGUUUCGUUACUUUCUACUCCGAUGAGCAUAAUGAUGAAUAUUCAGAAGAAGAUGAGCCGGAACAAAAUAAUUUGACCAAGAAUGAAGGAAUUACUCCUCCUUCCUCCGUUGUGCCACCAAUCGUGGAAAUGAAACCAUUGCCAUCACAUCUCCGGUACGCCUUCGUUGGGGAAAACAAAACUCUCCCGAUCAUCAUUCUGAUAAGUUAUCGGAGAUUCAAGAGAAGCGAGUGGUUCAAGUGGUAA